CUCCCGUCCUCGACGUCUUCUUCUUCGAGGUCUUUCGAUUGACGAUCUCGGUGGAUGCUCUUGUUGCUGUCACCACAGAUCGGAGGUUUCUCUCGGUGGAUUUUUGUGGGAUUCGCGUUAAUUGCGUAGAUUGGUGGGAUUUUUUGUUUGGGCCACUUCGGAUCACAAGUUUUUUGGGUUCGACGCUAUGGAUUCAAGGCUGCACAGGAUUUUUGCUGGGGGCGGUUCUGGAGGUGGACCGCAUCCAGAUUCACCCCUCGUUGAUUCGUCGGAGCAAGUGUACAUUUCCUCUCUGGCGCUGCUCAAAAUGCUCAAACAUGGUAGAGCUGGAGUGCCUAUGGAGGUGAUGGGGCUGAUGCUUGGGGAGUUCGUGGACGAGUACACUGUUCGUGUUGUGGAUGUAUUUGCUAUGCCACAGAGUGGAACAGGUGUAAGUGUGGAAGCAGUUGACCCUGUCUUUCAAACGAAGAUGCUUGAUAUGCUCAAGCAAACUGGUCGACCAGAGAUGGUGGUGGGCUGGUACCAUUCUCAUCCAGGUUUUGGUUGCUGGUUGUCUGGCGUGGAUAUCAAUACUCAGCAGAGUUUUGAAGCUUUGAAUCAAAGGGCGGUAGCAGUAGUAGUGGAUCCAAUCCAAAGUGUGAAAGGAAAGGUUGUGAUCGAUGCUUUUCGAUUGAUCAACCCUCAAACAAUGAUGUUGGGACAGGAGCCCAGACAAACCACAUCGAACGUUGGACAUCUUAACAAGCCCUCCAUCCAGGCUUUAAUCCAUGGAUUAAACCGACACUACUAUUCAAUCGGAAUUAAUUAUCGGAAGAAUGAACUAGAAGAGAAAAUGCUUUUGAACCUUCACAAGAAGAAGUGGACUGAUGGACUUACUCUUCAGCGAUAUGACGAGCAUGGAAAAACUAAUGAAGCCACAGUGAAAGAAAUGUUGGAUUUAGCAAUCAAGUACAAUAAAGCUGUGCAGGAGGAAGACCAGCUUAGUCCAGAGAAAUUGGCUAUUGUCAAUGUGGGGCGUCAAGAUGCGAAGAAGCACCUAGAAGAGCAUGUCUCUAAUUUGAUGUCGUCUAAUAUUGUACAGACCUUAGGGACCAUGCUUGACACCGUUGUCUUCUAGUUGGCGUGAUUUAUACGGUACUAAAGAACUGUUUUCGUUUUGAUGAACUGGAUAGAGGUAGGUUAUUUGAAGGUUAAUGAAGCUGUUAUUAUUUCAAUCUUAUACUGUAUCUUUGUACUUGUCACAUGAAUCAAAGAACUAUUUGACAAUCA